AUGAAGGAAAUCAGCGGAAGCAAUGUUAUUCUAACUGGAACCGGAUGGGAUAUGCGCGUGGGGGCCUUACAGGAACAGAGCUGGGACCCAGCUACACCGGCCCCUGGAGCAUUGGCAGCCGUGUUCCUCGCACGUCUGCCCAGACUAUUUCGGCUCCUCUCGGCCUCCGUGGCGCGGCCGCGCUCAGCUGCUGGGGGCGGGGUCUUCGCCGACCAUGGCGGUGGAGCUGGAGGCAAGCAAGUCCCUGAGCGGGCUGCUGAGCGGCCUGGCUCAGGACGCUUUCCACGGGCACCCGGGCAUCACAGAGGAGCUGCUGCGGAGCCAACUUUAUCCAGAGGUGUCCCCCGAAGAGUUCCGCCCGUUCCUGGCGAAAAUGAGGGGCAUUCUGAAG